CCCCGUCCAUCCAUUAUAACGGAGCUACCCAUCCCUCUUAACAUCCAUCCACCCAUACAUUACAUAUACAUACAGUUUUUUUCUUCCCUCAGGAAAUCUUAAUCUUCUAAAUCUCUACUUUUUUCACACCGUUGUUCUUGAUUCUUGAAUUUUACUAUGUUUUCCCUCUAAGAUUCUGUUCCAAUAACCAUGGGUGCUUGUACCUCAAAGCCUCCGAAUAAACCCAAUCCUUAUUCCCCAAAAGACUCCCUCGAAAUCCUUCCACCACCGGAAACUCCAAACCCACAGAAGGACAACAAUGAAGUAAAAAAGUCACCUUUUUUCCCUUUUUACUCACCUAGUCCCGCUCGUUAUUUUCUAUCCAAGAAAUCUCCUGCCCGUCAGUCUUCUGGUUCUAAAAGUGGUAAUUCUACUCCGGCGAGGUUAUUUAAGCGGCCUUUUCCUCCUCCUUCUCCGGCAAAACACAUAAAGGCUUUGCUUUUGAGGCGGCACGGUAGUGUAAAGCCUAAUGCUGCUGCUAUUCCUGAAGGAGAGGAAACUGAGGGUGCUAACUUGGAUAAGAAUUUUGGUUUUUCUAAGCAGUUUAAGAAUAAGUAUGAGGUUGGGGAUGAAGUGGGUAGAGGCCAUUUUGGGUAUACUUGUUCUGCUAUUGCUAAGAAAGGUGAACUUAAGGGUCAACAAGUUGCUGUAAAGGUCAUUCCAAAAGCCAAGAUGACAACAGCUAUUUCCAUCGAGGAUGUUAGAAGGGAAGUUAAAAUUUUGCGCGCCUUAACAGGACAUAACAAUCUGAUACAAUUCUAUGAUGCAUUUGAAGAUCAGGAUAAUGUCUAUGUAGUGAUGGAGUUAUGCCAAGGAGGAGAGCUCCUUGAUAGAAUACUUGCACGCGGCGGGAAGUACUCAGAAGAGGAUGCAAAGGCCGUUAUGGUACAGAUAUUGAAUGUUGUUGCAUUCUGUCAUCUCCAGGGUGUUGUGCACCGUGAUCUUAAACCUGAGAAUUUUUUGUUUUCGUCGAAGGAUGAAUCUUCGCAGUUAAAAGCUAUAGAUUUUGGCUUAUCAGAUUUUGUGAGACCAGAUGAAAAGCUUAAUGACAUUGUUGGAAGUGCAUAUUACGUAGCACCAGAAGUUCUUCACAGAUCAUAUGGUACAGAGGCUGAUGUGUGGAGUAUAGGUGUGAUAGCAUAUAUUCUUCUGUGUGGUAGUCGUCCAUUUUGGGCUCGCACAGAGUCUGGAAUCUUCAGGGCUGUUUUAAAGGCUGAUCCAACUUAUGAUGAAGCACCUUGGCCUACACUAACUUCGGAGGCUAAAGAUUUUGUCAAGCGACUAUUGAAUAAAGAUCCUAGGAAAAGAAUGAGUGCUGCUCAAGCAUUAUGUCAUCCUUGGAUGCGGAAUCACAGUGGUGCAAAACUACCACUUGAUGUUCUUAUAUUUCGACUCAUGAAAGCAUAUAUGCGAUCAUCCUCUUUGCGUAAGGCUGCUUUAAGGGCAAUGUCGAAAACUUUGACAGCAGAUGAACUGUUCUACCUGAAGGAGCAAUUUGCAUUGCUGGAGCCAGACAAAAAUGGCAGCAUAAAACUAGAAAAUAUAAGAUCAGCGCUGAUGAAAUAUGGAACAGAUGCUAUGAAGGAGUCGCGCAUUCCGGAUUUUCUUGCCUCGCUAAAUGCACUUCAAUAUAGAAAGAUGGAUUUUGAAGAAUUCUGCGCAGCUGCCUCAAGUGUUCAUCAGUUGGAGGCACUUGAGCGCUGGGAACAACAUGCUAGGUGUGCAUAUGAAGUUUUUGAGAAGGAUGGCAAUAGGGCUAUUAUGAUAGAAGAACUUGCAUCUGAACUUGGACUGGGUCCUUCAGUACCAGUUCAUGCCGUUCUACAUGACUGGAUAAGGCAUACAGAUGGAAAGCUAAGUUUUCUUGGAUUUGUGAAAUUGUUGCAUGGUCCCUCCACUCGAGGACUUGCAAAGGCACAGUAAUAUGUGAAACAUGCUUUGGAGAAUAUUGGAUGUACCGUGUCUAGACAGUGUGGCUGAGACAAACCUUCAAGCGCUUCAACAUUUCAGUUAUCUGCCACCUUGCACUGAAGCGUCAAAGAGGCCUGUCCUGAAUUGGACUGUCUGGAGUAUUUUUGAUUCACGGGUUCCACUUUUAUAGCACGUAUUGAUAGCUUUUGUUUCCACACCAUAUAGUGUAAAGAUUUCUGAUGGUUGCGGGUGAGCAACAUUGUUGAUUGGAUUUGCAGCUGUUUGUUACUAAGGGGAAUGAUCCUAGUUGCAACUCCUGCCAACUGGGAUUAACAAGAUGUAGUUAGUUAUGCCACUUAAAUUGGGAAUGUGGCACUCAAUAUAGAAAACAUAGGGCCUUAGUUGAUUCAGUGCUGGAAUUGGAUGAUUUAGUUGAUGUAUUCCCUAUUUGUUGUUCAAUUUGAGUCCAGGCUAAAAGUUGCCUGGCUGUUGAAUUGUAUCCUCUUUCCUAUAAGAUAACGUGCUUCUGUUUCUGGUGCCUAAUUA